GGCGAAGGGGUGGAUAUCUGGCUUGAUGAAACAACAAAACCAACAAGGAGGAGCUGUCUUUGCUUCUGUUGUUGCCAUAUAAAUAGCACCACAGAAUCCUGUGAUGGGAUAAGGAGGUAAUAACGAGUUAAAGAGACCAAAAAAGAUCUUGUGCAGUGAGGAUGGUUCUGUCAACUCAGAUUUCCAGGCUGGAUGGCAUCCCACUUGCCGCCUCCGUGGAUGAUGAGCAGCAGGUGGAUGCGUUGUCCGAGGCAAAAUCGCAAGCCAAACUGAUAUCCCGUCAAUUGAAUCGGAACUCAGAACCGCAAGCUACUAUUGAAUGCGGACAAUGCAACCUUCAUUAUAUCAUCAAAGAUGGUGUUUGCUUCCUCUGCAUUGCGGACCGAUCAUACCCUCGCAAACUUGCAUUUAGCUAUCUUGGCGACUUAGCCAACGAAUUCACAACCACAUAUCCAACUUCGCAAUAUCUCUCCACCAAUCUACGUCCAUACGCCUUCGUUGAAUUCGAUAGUUUCAUCAAGCGAACAGUGAAGACGUACCAAGAUAGCCGUGCGCCCCAGAAUUUGGAUAAGCUGAAUGAUGAACUACGAGACGUGACAAAAUACAUGGUUAAGAAUGUCGAAGACCUCCUAUACCGGGGCGACAGCUUGGAGCGGAUGGGCGAGAUGUCCGGGAGAUUGAGGGAUGACAGUCUGAAAUACCGCAAGGCAGCGGUGCGGAUAAACUGGGAGUUGCUUGUAAAACAGUAUGGGCCCUUUGCGGCGGUCGGUUUCGUUAUGCUUGUUUUAAUCUUCUGGCGGUUUCUCUAAAUAGGGCUUUGUUUU